AUGCUGCAUUCCCUUAUGGCUCGGGUUUACAAGGCUAGAUAUUAUCCAACAUCUUCAUAUUUUGAUGCUAAACUAGGAAGUAACCCUUCAUAUAUUUGGAGGGGAAUGCUGGAAGUGCAAAGUUUGUUGAAGGAGGGAUGCCGAAGAAGUAUUGGGGACGAUGCUACAACUGUUAUUGGGAAUGAUCCUUGGUUAACUGACGCCUCGAACCCGUAUGUUACAUCCACAUUGCAUGACUCUAUCGCCCAAGCACCGGUUUCAUCUCUUAUUAGUAUGCAUGGUACCCAGUGGGAUCACGAGUGUGUUCGCGACAUAUUUAAUACCCGGGAUGCCGAACUGAUUCUUAAUCUUCCAUUAAGUGUGAGGAAGCCGCCGGAUGCAUGGAUAUGGGAACCAGAUUCUAAAGGGAAGUACACAGUAAAAUCUUGUUAUAGGAAGUUGUUGGGAGAAUUUAUUGAUCAAAAACCAUGGACCAAGCUGUGGAAUAUGCAGGUGGAAACAGCUUCCCAUUUGUUUAUGGACUGCAAUGAAACAAGGAGGUUCUGGAAUGCAGUUGGUCUGCCGAUUGCUUAUUACGGUAAUAGUGUACUGACCGAAUGGUUUUUUGGAAACAUUGUUAAACUAAAUGGUGAUGACUUAUGUAAAUUUGCAAUGUUUUGUUGGGGAUUGUGGUACAACAGGAAUGAUUAUGUCUGGAAUGGUGUCCCUUAUGUGAUGGCUCAAGUAAUACACUCUGCGUUGUCACUUUGGUUAGCUUGGAAGGGUGUAAAUGAAGGGCAGGUGGUACAGUCCAUGCAUGACAUUCGUACUGAACGAUGGUCACCACCAAGUCAAGGUAGGCUUAAGUUAAAUACGGAUGUGGCGAUGAGUAUGAAUAAUUCUUGUAUGGGUAUGGGAUGGGUCAUUCGUGAUGCUCAGGGUCAUUUUGUUACAGCUAAAGCCAAAAAAUUUGAUGGGUUUUUCAGUGUUAAAGAGGCCGAAGCUGUGAGCAUUAGAGAAGCGCUAAGCUGGAUUAAGGAGAUGGACAUAGGCGACGUGGAUAUCAAGACAGACUCUCAGCUUGUUUUUUAUGCUUUAUCGUCUGAACCUUUUAAUAACUCUUUUGGUUUUUUAAUUGAUGAUGUAAAAGAAGCCGCAUCCCAGAUUCAUGAUGUGGUUUUUUGUUUUGUGAGGCGAUCUGCGAACCGUGCGGCCCAUGCUUUAGCUAGGGAAGCCGUUUCUGAGUCAAGUUGCGGGGAGUGGUUGAUCUCCCCACCUCUUUUCCUUGUGAACAUUAUUGCUUCUGAUUUAAUGAUAUAA